UAUCCACGUGUAUCGUAUCAAUUAAGUCCAUCCACCACCUAAAAUGCACCUCACCACCACCCUCACCACAGCCCCAUCCGCCCUCCUCCUCCUCCUUCCCCUCCUCCUCCCCACCCUCGCCGCCGCCGCCGGUAACGCGGUCGUCAUCAACAACUGCAACAACCCAAUCUACCUCUGGUCCGUCGGCGGCUCCGUCGGCCCCCGCCAGACCAUCCAACCGGGCGCCAGCUACACCGAGGCCCUCCACUACGACCCGGCCUCCGGCGGCGUCUCCCUCAAGAUCACCAAGACCCCCGACGGCCUGUACGACGGCAGCCCCCAGCUGAACUACGCCUACACCCUCGACGGCGCCAAGGCCUGGUACGACCUGUCCAGCGUCUUCGGGGAUGCCUUCGCCGGCUCGGUGCUGAGUGUCAAGCCCAGCGAUACCGCCUGCCCCAAGAUCUGUUGGCCGAAUGGGGUCAACCCCGGUGGUAGUCAGGUUAAGACUUGUCAGGCGGGGAGUAAUGAGGUUUUGACGGUUUGUGCGGCUGGGUGUUAGGGUUUCCCUUUGCGGAUUACUGGGGAUAGGAGGGGUGGGGAGAGUAAUGCUUGGGUCUGGUUGGGCUUGGUUAAUGGAAGAUGUUAUUCAAUGAGGUUGAUAAUCAAUAGCGUAUGGCUUAUGCAGAGGAUAAUGAUGAUGAUGAUGAU